AUGGCGUCGGAAGACCCCGUCAUCGAGGCCGACGCGGAUGGAGACGACCGCGUACCUCCGCACGACCGCCCCGGGUCGAACGAAUCCUCCGUCCACGUCGGCGUCGACGCGGGGGCGAACGACGAAGACGUCGAAGACGAGGACAGCGUCGACGGGUCCGAUGAUGAGUCCGACGCGGGCUCGGGCUCCGAGGAUGCCGGCGACGACGAGGGUUCCGUCUCGGACGAGGCGGCGGACGAUGCGAGCGACACCGACGAUGCGAACGUCGCCCCCGCGUCGAUCCCCCAAACCCCGGAUCCGCCCCCAAAGACCCCGCCCGUCCGGGGCAACACGCUGGACUCGCGCGCCAUCUUCGCGAGGUGCCGAGCGACCGACGCGGCGGAGUGCACGCACGCGACGUGCUCCGGCGGCGACUUCGCCCGCCUCGGUCCCGCGCGCGACCUCGCCAUCUUCGCGGCGCACCUCGUCGUGCUCGACGUCGGGGAUAACGCCCUGGGACGAGACGCGGACGUUCUCCCGGUCCACCCCUUGGCCAUCCUCGCGACGUCGCUGCCAAAGCUGCGAAGGCUCGCGGCGCCGUGCAACGCGUUUGAGAACCUUCCGUCCGCCGCGUCCAUCGCGGAAACCGCCGGGGGACUGCGCAAGCUCGUGGAGCUCGACCUAUCGUACAACUCCCUCGACUCCUCCGCGCUGGCGCACCUCGCGGGGCUUCCCAGGCUCGUGACGCUCAACCUCGCGGGCAACCGCGUCGACCGAGUCUUCGUCGAAUGCGACACACAAUCGACAGACAAUCGACAUUCCUCGACGAUCGAAUCCGCGGGCGUCCCUCGCUCUCGCGCGCCCGCGUUCCCGGCGCUGGAACGUCUGGACCUCUCGGACCAGUCCCCGCGGAUGAGCGCGUUGGGAGAUCCAGCCGCCGCGUGCGCCGGCGCGUUCGCGCCAAACCUCCGGGUGCUGAACCUGGCCGAUAACGACGUCGGCGACUUGGACCCGCUUCGUCGGCUGUACGAGUCGACGCGGCGACUGCGGGAAGUUGGCGCGAGCGGGAACCCCGUCGCGGCGCGCGCGAUCGCGGCGGCGACGCGCGACGCGUUCGACGCGGACGACGGGUACGGUCUAGGGUUUAGGGUUCCGGACGUGACGGACGUGACGGGCGCGAUGGACGUGACGUCGCCGAGGGCGCGGGGUCGCGGCGCGCGUUCCAAUCGGUUCGCGCAGUGGACUCGCGACGCCGUGGAGGUGCACGCGGAUUCGUUCGUGUCGGUUCGAAGGUGCGAGCUGGGGGGUAAACGCACGCUGGCGGUGCCCCUCGGUGGGUUCAACUCGUUCGGGAAGGCGAUCGGUCGAUGCGCGGUGAUGCUCACGGCGCCGAGCGAAAGGGAAGAGGCGUAUUUUUUUGGACCCGAGCUCGCGACGGAGGUUUCCUUCGAGGUCGAGGAGGACGACGAGACGUUUCUAUUCGGAGGAGAAACGGCUGGCUCGACUCGAAACGCCAUAGACGGGCGGUACUCGCCGUACGCCACGAGCACCUCCGACUCGAGCGCCUCGAACGCAUCGCCCGACGCCGUCGUCGACGCCCGGCCGGGGAGUCCCACCGCUCGGCUCGCGAGGGCGUUACGGGUUUCGGACGACGACUCGCAUCACCGAACGGGCGUUUUCAGUAACGCAUCCGAGGCGUACAGGUCCCUGAAACGCGCGCUCGCCAAGCCCGGGGUGGACGAGCGGGACGUGCGGGCGGCGCUGCGGGGGGACGCGUCGUGGGCGCCGACGGCGGCGAGGGGCACGGCGGCGACUGACGCUAAAAAAAGCGACGGGCCGAGGAAGAAAGCCAUACUGGAACUCAUAGACGCGGAGGAGGAGAGGGCGAGGGCGGCGUCGAGGGACGUGGGGAUGAACAUGGGCUCGAGGCUCGGGCGCGUCGACGACGUGCUCGCGCGCCUGGCGCGCCUGUGA